GUGACGGCAAAUUAGGGCGAAUUAUUCGAGGCUCGGUUGUCGCCCAGAUCUCGCGAAAGCAUGGCUGCCCCAAGUCAGCCUUUCUUCCAACCACCAGCAUCUCAAUCAAAACCACAAACUCCCUUUGCCCAGAAUGCCCUCAGCCAGGCCAAGGUACACGCAGUCAUUGAACGUGUCAAGGUGCUCAAACAGGCGGGAUUUACGGAGGAGAGUAAUCCGGAGCUAGCGAAAAUGGUGACUUUCUUGAAAGCGAUGGCGCAGCAACGGAAAUGGGCCGCAGAGGCUACCGCGGACCAUUCCAUGCCUCAGACGAAUGGACAUGUCAUGACGGGCCCCAGAAUGAACGGAAGCCCUGCGCCCAACGGCAACCCUCUGACCUCUGGUCCGAUACCGACCCAGGCGUACCCAGCACCGUCACAAUCCCCCGUGUCGUUCACACCAGACCAGAUCAACGCUCUUCGCGCCCAGAUCCAAGCCUUCAAACUCAUCUCUCGUGGCAUGCCAGUUCCCGAUUCCCUGCAGGUAGCUGUACGUGUGCCAAACCAAGCGGUUCCCGAGCUGGAGAAGUUGCUUCAUGGCGGAGACAUCAACUCUAGAGUUGUCGAUAGUGCUGUGAAAGUCCACAAAAGCGCCCCUGCGUCGGCAAUACCAGCACCGGGCACCUCAAGCAGCAGCGGCGAGGCCGUUGCCGAGAUUAAGGCAGAAGAGGAGAUCGUGCAGGAUAUGACGGACAUGCCGAAGGGCCCAUUCCUCGAAGAUAACGUCGACUCAGGCGUAUACCCGUACAAUGCAUACAUGCAUCCUUUCACACAUCUCAAGCGCGAUCCAAACGUCGACCCCGCCCUUUUUGCCACCCGCCUCCAGCGGCUGCUUAUCCCCUCCAUCAUGCCCGCUGGUCUUGAUCUUCAGGAAGUUAUCGCCGAACGCAAUCGCUUUGUCGAUGCUCGUAUAGAACAGCGCAUCCGUGAGCUCGAGGACCUGCCCGCUCUUAUGGGCGACGGCGGCUUGGAGCCUAUCGUGCCGGACGGCGACGCUCCCGAGAACAAGGAGAAUGCGACUGACUUGAAGUCUCUCAUCCACCCUCCUCCAGGCACGCACGGCAAGCUGCGGGCUGUGAUCGAGCUCAAGGCACUGCGGCUUCUCGACAAGCAACGGCAGAUGCGCGCCAUGGUCGCAGAACGCCUCGUCCACGGGUCCACGCUCCCCCUGAACCGCACAGAAUUCCGCAGGACACGCAAGCCAACAAUACGCGACGCUCGUAUGACAGAGCAGGCAGAGCGUAAGCAGCGAGCAGAGCGCGAACGUAGGGCCAAAGCCAAGCAUGUUGAACAGCUCAAGACGAUCUGUGACCAUGGACGAGAAGUGCACGCAGUGAACCGUACCGCCCAGGAUCGCAUCGUUAAGCUCUCGAAAGCUAUCGCGAGCUUCCAUGCCCACACCGAGAAGGAGGAGCAGAAGCGCAUCGAGCGUUUGGCGAAGGAGCGUCUGAAGGCGCUGAAGGCGGACGAUGAAGAGGCCUACAUGAAGCUUAUCGAUACCGCCAAAGACACCCGUAUUACCCACUUGCUUCGCCAGACCGACACCUUUCUUGAUUCGCUUGCCCAGGCUGUCAUGGAGCAGCAGAAGCAAGGCGAUCCGAGCUGGCAACCGGACGAAGAGCCCACUAGCGAGGAGACGUUCGGCGCCCAGAAGCAAAUUCCUGACGAGGACAAGGGCAAACUCGAUUACUACGCGGUCGCGCAUCGCAUCAAGGAGAAGGUUACGAGGCAGCCUAGCCUGCUGAUUGGCGGUACGCUCAAGGACUAUCAGCUCAAGGGCUUGCAGUGGAUGGUCAGCUUGUACAACAACAAGCUUAACGGGAUCCUUGCAGACGAGAUGGGUCUCGGCAAGACGAUACAAACCAUCUCGCUUGUGGCCUUUUUGAUCGAGGUCAAGAAGCAGCGGGGACCUUACCUCGUCAUCGUUCCUCUAUCUACGAUGACGAACUGGUCGGGCGAGUUUGCCAAGUGGGCGCCUGGCGUCAGGGCGAUCUCCUACAAGGGCAACCCGACUCAGCGGCGUGCUUUGCAAAACGAAAUUCGCGGCGGUCAGUUCCAAGUGCUCUUGACCACGUAUGAGUACAUCAUCAAAGACCGGCCGGUCCUGAGUCGCAUGAAGUGGGUGCACAUGAUCAUCGAUGAGGGUCAUCGUAUGAAAAACACCCAGUCCAAGCUCUCGCAGACGCUCACCCAGCACUACCACUCACGGUAUCGCCUCAUUCUCACGGGUACCCCGCUUCAGAACAACCUCCCGGAAUUGUGGUCGCUGCUCAACUUUGUGCUUCCCAAGAUCUUCAAUUCCGUCAAAUCGUUCGACGAAUGGUUCAACACGCCGUUCGCGAACUCGGGCACGGGCGACAAGAUCGAGCUGAACGAAGAAGAGGCGCUGCUCAUCAUUCGGCGUCUGCAUAAGGUGCUCCGUCCGUUCCUGCUGCGUCGUCUCAAGAAGGACGUCGAGUCGGAGCUGCCAGAUAAGGUCGAGAAGGUUAUCAAGGUCAAGAUGAGCGCUCUCCAGUCGCAGCUGUACAAGCAGAUGAAAAAGUACAAGAUGAUAGCGGACGGUAAGGACAAUAAGGGUAAACCCGGUGGUGUCAAGGGCUUGAGCAACGAGCUCAUGCAGCUCCGAAAGAUCUGCCAGCAUCCGUUCUUGUUCGAGAGCGUCGAAGACAAUGUUAACCCCUCGGGCUACGUCAAUGACCUCAUCUUCCGAACGUCCGGCAAGAUCGAGUUGCUUUCCCGCAUCUUGCCGAAGUUCUUUGCCACCGAUCAUCGCGUCCUCAUCUUCUUCCAGAUGACCAAAGUCAUGGACAUUAUGGAGGACUUCCUGAAGAUGAUGAACUGGAAGUACCUGCGUCUCGAUGGUGGAACAAAGACGGAAGAUCGUGCCGGUCAUGUCGCCUUGUUCAAUGCUGAGGGUUCUGACUACAAAGUCUUCAUUUUAUCGACUCGCGCUGGCGGUCUCGGUCUCAACUUGCAGUCUGCCGAUACGGUCGUCAUCUUCGACUCCGACUGGAAUCCCCAUGCUGAUCUUCAGGCCCAGGAUCGUGCGCACCGUAUCGGCCAGACGAAGGUUGUCCGCAUCCUUCGGUUUAUCACCGAGAAGAGUGUUGAGGAAGCGAUGUUCGCGCGUGCGCGGUACAAGCUCGACAUCGACGACAAGGUCAUUCAGGCCGGUCGGUUCGACAAUAAGUCGACGCAGGAGGAGCAGGAAGAGUUUUUGCGCUCGAUCCUUGAGGCGGACCAGGAAGAGGAGAACGAGGAGGCGGGCGACAUGAACGACGAAGAGAUCAACGAGAUCAUCGCCCGAAACGAAGAAGAGGUCGGCACCUUCCGAGAAUUCGACAUCAAGCGUGACCGUGAUGCAAUGGAGGCGUGGCGUGCGUCGGGCAACCGCGGCAAGCCGCCGCCGCCGCUCAUCAGCCUCGACGAGCUGCCAGACUGCUACCGGACGGACGAGCCGUUCGCGAACAGCAACGAGCUCGAGGAGUUCGAGGGUCGUGGGGCGCGCAAGCGGACGGCCGUGAACUACAACGACGGGCUCAGCGACGACCAGUGGGCGAUAGCGCUCGAGGAGGGCGAGGACAUCCAGGAGCUGUCCGAGCGCGCGCGCGCGCAGAAGGACAAGCGUGCCGCGAACAAGCUUCUCAAGGAGGUAGAUUCGCGCAACUCGCCGGCGUUCGACGACACUCCGCGUGGCCGCAAGGCGAAAAAGGGCAAGGCCAAGGUUAUCGACAUACCGUUUGAUACGCCGUCGAACGGCAAGCGGAAGCGUGGCAAGGCCAUGUCGGUCUCGCCCUCUGUCGACGGCGACGAGCCUGAGGACCGCGACCCGAAGCGGCGGAAGACAAAGCCGGCGGAGGUACCAGCUGCGGUCAAGGAGAAGAUGAAGAAGGCCUACAACGAGUGCUACAAGGCUGUUCUUCAGUCUGAGGACGACACCAGUCGCCGGCGAUGUGAGUUGUUCAAGGAGCUUCCGGACAAGAAGCUCUACCCCGACUAUUACGAGGUCAUCAAGCAGCCGAUCGCCAUGUCCACCAUCCGGAAGCGCAUCACGAGCAACUACUACAAGUCCGUCCUCGACUUUCGGGAGGACUGGCGGCUGAUGUUCAACAACGCCCGGACGUACAACCAGGAGGGCUCGUGGGUGUACAACGAUGCGGACGAGAUGGAGAAGAUCUUCAACGCGACAUUCGACCGCACCAUCGUCGGCAGCGGCCUGCCCGGCGCGCCUGCUGGCGCCGGGUCCGGGGCGUACGACUCGGCGCCGACGCCGAUGGACGACGACGAGCGGCCGCUGCCAAAGUCAAAGAACGGGCGGAAGCAGGUGCUGAGCGACGACGAGUACCUGACGCCCAGCGAUGAUGAGUAGGGUCCUCGCCGCUGAGACCCUCUCCUUCAGGCUUCUUCCUGCACCUCUUUUUAUGUCACUAUCCUACUUUGUUUUGCGUAUCGCCGUCUAUAUAGCAUUUGUAUCAUACUAGACUGUGGUUCACGAGCCCCUGGAGUAAUCCAAUACAUAUUUCUCCGCAACUGUGACAGGAAAGAUGCGGCAGUAGCGGUGGGCGAGUGGAGGUGUUAUGCGGUCAGUACUGCAUCUAAGCCUUCUUUUUCCCUUCCCACAAAGCCUUCAUGCUGGGUACAG